AUGAAAUCCGCCGUGGCCGUCGUCCUCGUAGUGUGCGCAGCGGCCGCCGCCCACGCCGGGCUGCUGCACCACGCGCCGCCCCCGCCGCCGCCGCAACACGAGAUCAUCUACGACUACGUGGCGCCGCCCCAGUACCGCUACGACUACGCGGUGCGCGACGGCCACACGGGCGACGCCAAGACGCAGUGGGAGCACCGCGACGGCGACCGCGUCACCGGCGCCUACUCGCUCGUCGACGCCGACGGCACGACGCGCAUCGUCGAGUACACGGCCGACGACCACAACGGCUUCCAGGCGGUCGUGAAGCGCGUCGGUCACCCCGCGCCGCCGCCCCCUGUCUACCAACAGUCCGACCUAUUUGUGCCCAGCUUCCCUUGA